UGCCGCUGAUGAUGAUGGAUGUCGAUUUCGAUUUUCCCUUCCUCUGCCGCCCUACUUGCAGCUUCUCAUUUAACCCAGACCACCUGCCCCAAACAUACCCAGUCAUCCCUUGCUUUCCAUUAUUUUCGUUUCUUACCCACAGACGGUACCACGAAGCCUCUCUUAUCACCUAUCUCUGGCUGUCGCCGCCGCUGCCUCUCGUGCCGGCCAUUUUGUCCUUCCAGUCCCCCCCCCCUUCUUUCCACGACGCGCACGUUGACAGCCGUAACAAACCCACGCGUUAUGACAUAGGCGCCCAUCGAUACUCGUCGCACGUCUCCCUAUCGGGCUUGUCUACUACCCAUAUGCGAACCAGAGGGACCGAAAGAAGACUCGCGACGAAACAUCUACUCACCCGAUCGACUCGUUGAACCUCCCAAGAUGGGCUCGCCCCCUCCACGCCAACAGCAGCCCCCGACACCGAUAUCCAUCACCAUCUGCGGCGAUGGCGGCUGCGGAAAAUCCUCCAUAACUCUGCGUCUCGUCCGCUCUCAGUGGACCUCCGAGUAUGACCCCACCAUAGAGGACUCCUACUCGGUGACCCGCCGUAUCGACGGCCAAACAUACCAUCUCUCCAUCACCGAUACCGCCGGCCAGGAGGAAUACCGGGGCAUGUGGGCCUCGUCCAACCUCUCCGCCGACGCCUUCCUCCUAGUCUACGACAUAACCUCCAAGGACUCCUUCGACGCGCUCAAUUACUUCCACCACCUCAUCGAUAUGGAGACCGAGACCCGCAUCGACAACGCCGAACGCGCCCGACGCGCCGGUCUUGCCCCGGGCCCCGGCGGCGGCAGCGGCGCUAAGACCGUCCCCCCCGUCAAGAUGGUCGCGGGUAACAAGUGCGACCUGCAAGAGUCGCGCCAGGUCUCCGCGGCCGACGGUCUCGAGUGGGCCCACCGCCGCGGCUGCGGAUUCAUGGAGACGUCGGCUCGCAUCGAGGUCAACAUCGAGGAGACCUUCGCCCUCAUCGUUCGCCGCGUCGUCGAGGCCCGCCGGCUCGCCGAGGCCGGCAUGCUACCAGACCACCUGGCCAUGGACCGCCGCGGCGUCACCAGGCCUUUGAGCCCGCUUGACCCUCACGCUGAGGGAGGGGCCGAAGAGGACGCAGAGAAGAGGGCCCCGGGCCUUAGGGGUCCGAACCUGCAUGGACAGCGGUUGGGUAGAGGAAAUGGGUCACUCUGGAAAAAGUUGCGCUGUUGGUAGGGGGUUUUUUCUUCUUCUUUUUCUUCUUUCUUUUUUUCCUCUUUUCCCCCGCCUUCCCUUUUAUUUCCUCCCUCCUCUUAGGCAAGCGAGCGAGCAAGCUGGUCCAUUCGCGAUAUAACAUCGUGCCUACCCAGCAAGGUGUGAUGAUUUUUCGCGCCGCGCUUCGACUCUCUGCUGUUUGUUUGCAUUUCUUUUCCUUAUCCUCUUUUAAUUUUUGUUGAUUUGUUAUUCGAGAUACCACCAGGAGCCGGCGUUUGGGCCAAAAGCAGGGAGCCAAGGAAACCAAAGCAUGUCUCAGAGAAAGGUCUUAUGCGAGUUUUUCGAUGGAUGGAUUAAUUGGGUCGGAACGAAUGAAUGAGUAGGAAGCCAUGAAUGAAAGGAAGAGAGGCGAGCGCGUUGUUAUUGCUCACGGAAAGAACGCGGGCUUGAGAUUCAGCCCUUCAUCAUCCACAUUCUCUUGGCCUUUUUCACCCCCUUCGACAGUGUUGGGAUCACACG